CAGUCAGGUGCCAGACGCUGAGGCGAGUGGGUGUACGUACCGCGCUCUCCAUCCAAAUCCAUGUGACAAUUUCUAAAGCAUUUGUUUCCAGUUAAAAUUCAGACGGUGAUCAUCUAUGCGUUUACUAAUUCGUAUACCUGUGUGAUAUACCGGUUAUUGUAAAACUUUGAAAAUACAGGAGGACGAAUUUUUGUAUUGCAUAUCGAGCGUAUGGAUGUUAUGGUAAUAUUUUGGGAAGAGUCGAACACCUUGUGUUGAGAAAUCUUGACUUGUGAAAACGGAAGUAUCGAGUGAACAACUUUCUCCUGAGGAGUGAGAACACUCAAGUGAGGGAUUCACCACAUAACUGCUGCUACACCUGGUACCUUGUGUGUACCACCAUGACGGCGGAAGGGUCCGGCGUGACAUGGCGGACAUUCUGGGCCCACGGAAGGAUGUGUGCAGGUCGCCCGUGGGAGGUGAUCUUCUCCGUCAUCACCACCACCGUUGCCAUGAUCUCCCUGGCUGACUGGUACAAGGCCCCCAGCCUCCCCCGCACUCCACAGGAAUACCAAGGCCUGGAUGUUGUGGUGAUGACCAUUCUCCGUUGUUCUGCCCUGCUCUACACCUACCACCAAUUCCGCAACCUUCACAGGAUUGGCUCCAAGUACAUUGUGGGGAUUGCUGGGCUGUUUGUUGUCUUUUCAAGCUUUGUGUUCAGUUGCUCUGUCAUCAAGUUGUUGGACAGUGAUGUAUCUGAUCUCAAGGAUGCUUUAUUUUUCUUUCUACUGCUGGUGGACCUGAGUAGGGCAAGUCUUCUGGCACAGUUUGCCUUGUCAUCUUCUAAUCAAAUAGAGGUCCAUACCAACAUUGCUUUUGGCAUGGCUCGCCUCGGACCAUCUCUCACUCUGGACACCAUUGUGGAGGCCCUGGUCAUUGGUGCCGGCACACUCUCAGGUGUGAGUCGUCUGGAGCAGAUGUGUGCCUUUGCCUGCUUGUCCAUUUUGGUGAAUUACAUCGUCUUCAUGACCUUCUUCCCCGCCUGCCUCUCGCUUGUCUUAGAGCUAUCGAACAGGUGUUCCUCUGGACAACCUCCAUGGCAGAUGGCAACACUGGCACGUGCUAUGGUUGAGGAAGAAAAGCCAAACCCUGUUGUCCAGCGUGUCAAGGUCAUCAUGUCUGCUGGGCUUCUACUAGUUCAUGGUAUAACUCGCUGGUCAUUCUCCUUGGCACCGAACACAAUUACAAUGAUGAAUGAAGCUGCUUCAUCCAACUAUUCCAGUGACCCUCAUGUUAUUGUCAGGUUGUUGAAUGCAGGGCUGGACCACAUUGUGUUCACGGUGAUUCUUGUUGCCUUGAUUGUCAAGUACGUGCUGUUUGAGUCACAAGGUCAGUUAGAGGAAAACCUCAUCCAUGAUAGUCUUCAGCGCUCUCAGGAUGUUCUCGAAAACUCUGGUCAUUUUGGCAAAGGCUUCGGUCCCUUAGGGAUAUUACGUCAGCGCAGCAGAACUCGUACAGUCAGUUUUAAUUCCUGUCGGGAGGAGUCAGCUAUGGCAGCUUGUAAGGAAGAUCGUGGUACACAGACAGAGAAAGAUAAGGUACAAGGGGUAUUGACUGAAGAAAAUAAUGAUGCUGAUGAAGAUAAACCUCCAAGAUCACUUGAAGAAUGUAUUGCAGUCAUUAACUCUGAGGCAGGUGCUAAAUCUUUAUCAAACCAAGAGAUUGUGCAAAUGGUAGAGAAGAAACAUUUACCAAGCUACAAAUUAGAAUCCCUUUUGGGUAAUCCAUUGAGAGCUGUUGGCAUACGAAGGACAGUUGUAGCACCACACACUGCUAACCAGGGCUCCAUGGACUCUCUACCCUAUGACCACUAUGACUACACUAAGGUGAUGGGUGUCUGCUGUGAGAAUGUGAUUGGAUAUGUACCUAUCCCUGUGGGUGUUGCUGGUCCUCUGCUUAUGAAUGGCAAAAUGUAUAUGGUGCCAAUGGCAACCACUGAAGGAUGUUUGGUUGCUUCCACCAAUCGUGGUUGUCGUGCUAUGGUCAAUGGAGUCAAGAGUGAAGUAUUUCGGGAUGGAAUGACCAGAGCACCGAGUGUCAGGCUGCCCACUGCUGCUCAAGCCACAGAGGUGUACAUGUGGACAAGAAAGAAAGAGAAUUUUGCAGUCAUUAAAGAAGGCUUUGAUUCUACCAGUCGCUUUGCUCGUCUGCAGGAUUUGCAAGUGGGAAUUGCAGGACGUUUGUUGUUCAUGCGCUUUGUGGCACAAACUGGUGAUGCUAUGGGGAUGAAUAUGGUAUCCAAGGGCACGGAGGCAGGACUUAAGGCCCUGAAAAAACAUUUCCCUGAACUUGAAGUCCUGAGUGUUAGCGGCAACUAUUGUGUGGACAAAAAACCAUCAGCCAUUAACUGGAUUGAGGGUCGUGGCAAAUCUGUUGUAUGUGAAUCCGUGGUACCUGGAAAAGUGGUCACAUCAAUAUUGAAAACUAGUGUGGCAGCUAUUGUGGAAGCCAGUGUUACUAAGAACUUGGUGGGAUCAUCAUUAGCUGGCUCAAUUGGAGGAAACAAUGCUCAUGCUGCCAAUAUUAUUGCAGCUAUGUUUAUUGCAUGUGGUCAGGAUCCAGCUCAGGUAGUUGGGAGCAGCAACUGCAUGACCCUGAUGGAGGCUUGGGGUGAGAAAGGGGAUGAUCUUCACAUAUCAGUCACCAUGCCUUCUCUGGAGGUGGGAACAGUAGGUGGAGGCACUGGACUUGCACCACAGUCUGCUUGUCUCACAAUGCUUGGUGUCAAAGGUGCACACAAAGAUAACCCAGGUGAAAAUGCAUGUCAGUUAGCCAAAAUUGUGGCAGCAACAGUGUUGGCUGGAGAGUUGUCACUGAUGUCUGCACUAGCUGCAGGACAUCUAGUCAAGAGUCAUUUGGCUCAUAAUAGGGUCAAGGGUGGAAGCAGUUCUUUAUCCUCUUCAACUAUGCCUACUACUAUCUCCUCUGAUACUAGUGGGACCUCAGGUAUCACCACCACAACCCCUGCACCUGAUGGUAUAUCAUCCACUAAGUUCUGUGAUGUCCAGCCUUCUGGGAAAGCUUCUGUUGGUGAAGUAAAUUCAACUAAUACAUGUAAGCCACCAGCAGCUGUUGGUGAUGCUAAAAUUAAUGCAAUGCAAGGAGACACUGUAGUAAGUGACAAGGACAGUACCUCAAAUAUAGUUUUGUCACCAUGUCAAGAUCCAGCUAAUAUUUCAGUACCACAUUCUAGAGAUAGGUAGAAAGAAAAAACGAUGGUUGCAAUCAAGGGUAAUCUGUGUUAGUUUUAUAGUAUUACUUUGAAGGUGCUGGCAGGGCUUCCUGCUCUUACGCUAACAUAAAACAGUACACUGUAAAAAAAAUACCCUUUAUGUGAGUAUGUGUCAUUCCUGUAUAGUUAAGUCAUCCUUUCAUUCUCAUUUCGGGUUUAAUUUUAUUCAGCUUGGAGUGUUAUAGCCAGUUUAAUGUCAUAAUGCCCAGGGCUUGUGAGUGUUUGUGCAUUGUCAGCAUUGCUAUGUAUUCAUUUAUUUAUUUAUUUUAACCUUAAAAUAAAUUAUAAUUUUAGUGUACAAAAAAAAUCAUAGUUAUUUUAGUAUUUUUUUUAUAGGGAUAUGAAUGAAUGGAAUUAUGCAUAUAUUUUAUGCAGUACAAUUAAAAUU